AUGGCUCGGACCAAGCGAGGAAGGAAAACACAUAAGAAAAUCACGCAAGUUACUACUAAGGUGGUGGAAGAUCAGCCGGAGUUAGGAGACGAUGGACCUGUGGAAAACCAGCCGGAGUUAGGAGAUGAUGGACCUGUUGAAAACCGGCCGGAGUUAGGAGAUGAUGGACCUAUGGAGGAGCAGACGGAAGUAGGAGGUGAUGGACCUUUGGCAGAUGAACUUGAUCGUGAAGAGGAGGAAGAACAUGAAGGUGAAAUUUUGUUAUCAGAACAUGAUGACUCUGCAGCUGAACCUAGACGUAAGAGACAGCGAGGUCUGACUAUGAUGAAAAACAUAGCCAAGGAUCCAAACAACAAACUGCGAGUACAGUACACUUUCACAGGUGAACCAUAUGGUUAUAGAUCAGUAAAAUUGUCUUCAUACUUAGGUCCACUGGUCCGAGAACAUGUUCCUGUGACACUUACAAGUUGA